AACACGAGCACUCGCCGGAGGUCAGAGGGUUCUACUUCCUGUCCGGCGGCAAAGCGUGUUCUGGUUCUGGUUUGCGAAGCGCUAACGUUUCAACGACGAUAAGAAAGAAAACAGCAGACUUACGACUCGCACUACGCAUUUGAAGUAAACAAACCAUGAGUUUACCUCUCAACCCAAAGCCCUUCCUGAAUGGCCUGACAGGCAAACCGGUGAUGGUGAAGCUGAAGUGGGGGAUGGAGUACAAGGGCUACCUGGUGUCUGUGGACGGAUACAUGAACAUGCAGCUGGCAAACACGGAAGAGUACGUGGACGGUGCACUGGCAGGUCACCUCGGCGAAGUGCUCGUCAGGUGCAACAACGUUUUGUACAUCCGAGGUGUAGAAGAAGAAGAGGAGGACGGAGAGAUGAGGGAGUGAUGCCGGUGUCUGAGUGCGACUGUACCUCGUGUAGUUGAUGUGUUUGUGUUUUCACCAUGUGAAACAUAUGAACCUUUUUUUUCUGGGGGUUGUUGUUUUUCAAGGUGUUUUUGAAAACCUUUUUUUUUUUUUACUGUAUAUGAGACCAAUUUUUAUGUUGUGACAUUGUGAUACAGACGCAAUAAAGUGAUUAUUGUACCAUU